UGACUUUUUUAUUAUUUUUAAGCAUUCACCAAAUACAACAGGGUUCUCUCUUUUUGGAACAACACUAAUCAGGAGAGAGAACAGGUGGUGGUAUGAACAGUAAUGAAGGUAAACCUCAAUGUAUAAAUACAUGUCUUUAAUACUUUAAAAUAAAUAGAUAAGCUUAUGUUCAGGUGCUCCUUGAAGUCACAACAAACACCAGUACGCAACACGUGUUCUGUCUCUACGUGGUUCUGUCUCUACGUGUUCUGUCUCUACGUGUUCUGUCUCUAUGUGUUCUGUCUCUACGUGUUCUGUCUCUAUGUUCUGUCUCUACGUGUUCUGUCUCUACGUGGUUCUGUCUCUACGUGUUCUGUCUCUACGUGGUUCUGUCUCUACGUGUUCUAUCUCUAUGUUCUGUCUCUACGUGUUCUGUCUCUACAUGUUCUGUCUACGUGUUCUGUCUCUACGUGUUCUGUCUACGUGUUCUGUCUACGUGGUACUGUCUGUGUUCUGUCUCUGUGUUCUGUCUCUGUGUUCUGUCUCUACGUGUUCUGUCUCUAUGUUCUGUCUCUACGUUCUGUCUCUACGUUCUGUCUCUACGUGUUCUGUCUCUACGUGUUCUGUCUCUACGUGGUUCUGUCUCUACGUGUUCUAUCUCUAUGUUCUGUCUCUACGUGUUCUGUCUCUAUGUUCUGUCUCUACGUGGUUCUGUCUCUACGUGUUCUGUCUACGUGUUCUGUCUACGUGUUCUGUCUCUACGUGUUCUGUCUCUACGUGUUCUGUCUACGUGUUCUGUCUCUACGUGGUUCUGUCUCUGUGUUCUGUCUCUACGUGUUCUGUCUCUACGUUCUGUCUCUAUGUUCUGUCUCUACGUGUUAUGUCUCGACGUGUUCUGUCUCUACGUGGUUCUGUCUGUGUUCUGUCUCUACGUGGUUCUGUCUACGUGGUCUGUCUCUACGUGUUCUGUCUGUGUUCUGUCUCUACCUGGUUCUGUCUCUCUAUGUUCUGUCUCUACGUGGUUGUGUCUCUAUGUUCUGUCUCUACGUGGUUCUGUCUACGUGUUCUGUCUUUACGUGGUUCUGUCUCUACGUGUUCUGUCUCUGUGUUCUGUCUCUCUGUGUUCUGUCUCUACGUGUUCUGUCUCUAUGUUCUGUCUCUACAUGUUCUGUCUCUACGUGGUUCUGUCUACGUGGUUCUGUCUCUACGUGUUCUGUCUCUAUGUCUCGAUGUUCUGUCUCUAUGUCUCUAUGUUCUGUCUCUAUGUCUCUACGUUCUGUUUCUACGUGUUCUGUCUCUACGUGGUUCUGUCUCUAUGUUCUGUCUCUAUGUCUCUAUGUUCUGUCUCUACGUUCUGUCUCUACGUUCUGUCUCUACGUGGUUCUGUCUCUAUGUUCUGUCUCUACGUUCUGUCUCUACGUGGUUCUCCUGA